AUGCCGACCAAGCUCCCAGCAACGAUACCAGACGGCGAGCAGCAGCAAAUCCUAAGCGCGCUUGUCACCGCAGCUUUCAUCUUGCAUUCGGGACAGCCUGUGCUCGACUUCACGAGGGCGCUGUUCGAGGCGGCAGUGGUGGAUGAGGCGGUGGAGGAGCGGUGGGUCGACGAGAAGGAGGUCGGCAUGAACGGCGGCUUCGGAGAGGCACAGGCGUGCAAGGCGCUGGCUCGCGCAUACGCUCUCCUGAUCAAGCAGGACGAGAAGAACAAUGCAGACGAGCUCAAGGGCAUAGCCCUGAGCAGAUUUACGGGAGAUACUUGGGAAGAGAAUGUGCGGGCGGUCGAGAGCGGCUGGUGA